AUGCUUACAUAUCGCAGCUGCUGGACCUGCAGAUCGCGCAAGGUCAAAUGCGACGAGCGGCAUCAAAACGGCUGUAUGACCUGUGAGAAGGCCGCUGUCAGAUGUGCUGGUUAUGGGAUCCAAUUAUGCUGGGUCACAGACAAGAACCAAGAUCGUUAUUACCGGCAGCGUAGGCAGAUCAAACUCAACCAGCCCAUGUCGCCUUGCUUGCCAGAACAUGAGAUCAAUGAGAUGUUAUUUACAUUGGACACGGUAUCGACCCCUAUGACCACCGUCAGUUUGGGUCCGUUUUCGAUCUUCCAAUCCAAGGCCGUCGUCGGUGAUGGUAAGGGUGUAUGUUCUGGACAGGGUACCCUCGAGAGAUCUUGCCACGGCAAACGACCCGCGUCCGGCUUCAGACCAAGCCAGUCACCUCAAGAAUCAACAAGCUCCUUCCCAAUAACGGGUGACGAGUCCGAUCUAUAUCCAGAUAGCGAUCGCGAUACGUUUGGGUUCUCGAGUGCGGGAUGUGGGAGGGAUCUUGUUGACGAUGAUGAUUUACUAGCCACGGUCUUGGAUGACUUGGAUGAACCGUCAACUGUCGACGAAACCUUCACGUCGUGCCUGACUGGCCAUACGACGUCUUUCGCUAUAUCUCCUUCACUCAAUCUCGAGCUACCCGUGUCUUUGUUUCGCGAUCCGGAUACUUCCAUGCUCAUGUAUCACUACACAAGCCAUGUCGCCGAACUUCUCCAGCCUGUUUGGCAUCCAGGAAACCCGUGGAAAACCAUGUAUUUCCAGUUUGCACUGGAGGGAUGUCCAGAGCUUGCUUUUACGCAAAGCGAAGCUUCUUCAUCCAAAAUUUCUACUGCAAUAUUUCAUAGCGUGCUCUCGUCAGCUGCUUUCCAUCUUCGAAACGCCAAAGACGGUUCUCAAAAAUUCCACGAACUUGGUCUUCAGCACAAAACGAAAGCACUUCAAGCACUGAACACCGCGAAUAUUCACCCUAACGAUUCUCAUUUGCAUACUGUUUAUCUGACAGCAAUUUUGUCUCUAGUUACUAUUGAUACCAUGACGGGAGAAGACUCGGAGUUCCCAAUCCACCUGAACGGCUGUCAAAACUUCCGGAAGAUACAAUACAAAAAUGAAUAUGACGACGGAAGCCGUCAAGUUCACCGUAUCGCCAAUUUUCUGACGCUCUUAGCUCGAACAACCUCCUUUGAAAUUUUGGAUCAGGACUGGCAAGAGGGCCAGCCCUUAUUCGAGAACCCAUUUUUCCACGACUGUGACAGAAGCAUUGAAUAUAUCUAUGGGGUUACCCCAACACUGUGCAAUCUCUUACAAAGAACCUGUCGAAUUGCUAAAUACCUAGCCGCCCGCCCACGACACGAUGUCCCCCGACUCGUUUCCGAAGCCUGCUGGGCACUCAAGGUUGAUAUAUUGGCGUGGGAACUUGACUCGGACCAAUUCCACCUUGAGGGAUCUGAGACAACCAUGAUCGAAAUAGCUCGCUGCCAAGCAAAAGCGUUCCAUAGUGCCCUGCUUUUGUUCUUCUAUCGGGUCAUCGGGAUGAGCAGCUCGCUCGAUCUAGACCACGAGGUCUCCCUGGUUUUGGAAAAUCUAACCCUUGCGGAAGAGCUGAAGAAUCAGUACAUGCCGGGCGAGAAGCGCAAUGGACCCAUGUCGUGGCCAGCGUUUAUUGGUUCGUGUGAGGCAACGGAUCGACGGCCUUGGGUGGACUGGUGGAACGGCAUACAGGAAUACAGGGUGGGUAAUUUUAAAAGGCAGUGGAUGGUGAUCCAAGAGGUCUGGGAUAUCAUGGACGAGGAUCUUACUGUGAAGGAUUGGAGAGAAGCACUAUUUAAGUCAGGAAAGCUGGUGCUACCGAUAUGA